AUGGGUCUCGGAUUCGACGGGACGAUUUGGCACCCGAAUCGGCCAACUUCGCUACGAUUUUCUUGGAGCAGGCGGUUUGGGAGGGGAGGUCAACAACUUGUCGGGCCAGAGCCGUCCCGUCUGCAGAGGACACGGGCGCGAAGACGUGAGAGGAAGCGGUACGACGACGACUUCGAGGAUGACGAGGAGCAGAACGAGACGCAGAACGAGGAGGAGGAGUACUACGACGAUGACUUCGAGGAGGACGAGGCAACCCCCGUCGCGGGUCGCGCGGUCGAGGGCGAGACGGAAAUCAUGCGAGCCAUCCGCGAGGAGAACGAGCGAGCGCUGCAAGCGUCUAACGACCGGUAUCGUUACGGAGACGAGAACGAUCGACCCAUCGGCGGGUUCGACGACAGGGCGUUCGACUUCAACUCGCACGCGAGGGACGCAGUCCCGGAGCGCAAGGUCAAGUCCUUCCCCGGCAAGGGCGCGAGGGCAUCAUCGAUGACGCUCACCGACCAACAGAUCCGCGCAGCGCGAGAGCGAGUGCGGCGAUGGGACAUGGUCGUCCGCGCGCGCCACGUCCGCAUGACCGCCGCCGACGCAUCGUGCGGCACCGACGCCAUCGUCGACCGCGCGCCCAAAACCGACACGCAGCUCUUCCUCGCGGGGUUGGGGCCCUUUGCCAAAUCCACGUUUGCGACGUGUCAGACUCGCGGCGAAGAUUCGACGAGGGACGCGGACUCGCAGACGGAGGGCCCCACGGACGGUGCGUCGCACAGCUGUGUCGCGACGCAGUGCCCGGAGGAUUUGGUGGCGAGUCGCGACGUUCUGGAGCUCGCGUCGAUGGGCGGAUCGUCCGCCAGGGUGGCGAGGGCGGCGGCGGCGAAUCGCGCGGCUCGGUGGGCGAGGGCGUCGGGUGACUUGCAGCACUCGAAGAAUAAGCGCCUGGGCGGUUUCAUCCAGCGCGUCGGGGCGGUGGUGGACGUUUUGCUGCGCGAACGACCGCCGCCGAGGGGGCACGUCCCGGACGUGAUGCGAAUCGGCGGUACCUCAGGGAGUUUAAAGCCCCACGCACGGGCCAGUCAACACGGCUCGCUCACCGAGACGUACGCCGCUUUUCACCACCCGGCGCUCACGACGGGCCGCAGAGUCACGGAUGCGUCGUUCGCGCCGGGACCUCGGGGCGCGCGAACCCUCGCGAUCGCGUACGCACCGUCGGAUCUUCACGCGCGAGGCGCGGCGGGACGGGGUUUGGUUCUCGUGUGGGACGUGGGCGCCGCCAGCUGUGUCGCGUCGAGGGCGUUGACGUGCGAGAGCGUCCCGACGAGGGUUGUUUGGGGACCGGGAGACUCGCACCACCUCGUCGUCGCGGGGACGGAGGAGGGCGGCGUGUGCGUGUGGGACCUGCGCGAGCCCCCGGAGGUUCACGCGGAGUCGGCAGAGUCGGGUGACGUCCCAGCCGGGGCGCUGGCGGACGGGGAGUGCCUGCGCCGGCCCUCGUACGGCACCGAGGGCUUCGGACAAUUGGACGCUGGACGAUUGGAUUUUGACGAUUGGGAGGAUACGCCGGGUUCGAUCGUCGCCCUGGGCGUCGCCCUCGACGGCGCCUCGACGACCGCUCACCCCGUCCCCGCGCCAGUCACGCCGGGUAGAGAGCCGGGGCGGGAGGGAGACGACCACGACGGCCGCGCACGGCGUGACCCGGCGGCGGCGGCGGCGGCGAGCGGGGCGUCCUUGGCCGUAUCGACGUCUGAUUUUUACGUCGUCGCGCUCGACUGCUGGGGCAAAGUCUCGUCGUUCAAAGUGUCGGAGCUGUCCAGGCGCGAGGCCUUGGACGCGUCCAUCGCGGAUGUGGGACUGAGGUUCGGGUCCCGCGUGAGGGCCGCGCGAAACGCCCGGUCGAUCCCGUACGGUGCCGCCGGGGAUGGAACGCCCACCGGGUCUCGUGGGUCGGGUUGCGCGAGGGCGAUGGCGGUGACAAACCGCGCGGGUGUCGCGGCGGAAUUCUACGUCGCCGGCGAGGACGGCAGGGUACUCCGAGGCGCGAGAUACGGCGCGCCGUCGCCGCCGAAGGCGUUCGUGCCGUGCGAUCCCCUCGACGCGGGCCAUGCCGCGGCGCACGCGCCGAACGAGGCGGUGGUGUCGCUCGAUUUUAACCCCCACUUUCCGAACGUUUUUCUUGCCGCGUACGAAGGUGGCUCGGUGGCGAUGUACUCGACGGCGAGCUCCCUCGCGUCGCGGAGGUGGGACGGGGUCACGGCCGCGAGGGUCAUCACCGCGAGGUGGUCGCCCGCGAGGCCGUCGGCGUUCUUCGUGCUCGACGACGAGUGUUGCGUUCACGCGUAUGAUUUGCUGUCGGAUGACGCGUCGCGCUCGGUCAAGUCUGAACGGUUCGGGAAGAGGGAGAAGAUCACGAGCUUGAAGCUCGCGAAGCUCGGGGAUCAGGCGUGGGACGCCCCGGGACAGUGCCUCGCGUCCAUGGCGUACGAUGACGGCAGGACUGACGUGCACGUCGUGUCGCGGGAGCUAUCUUCGAUCACCGCGCGCGAGAUGGACCAGUUGAGGUCAUUGAUCAUUUGA